AUGCAUACCCUUUUUGUUGCUUUUGCCGCUCUGCUCCUGCUCCUGCUCCUGCUCCUCCUCUCGAAGGCUGAUUUUGAUGAUCACUUGGCUUGGUUUGUGUCUGUUAGUCUACCGAGUCCGAUGGCUCCCAAGCCCCCUCCCCGCCCCCCUCCCCUCCAGCUAAGAAAAAACAAGAAACCGAAACUGUCCGGUCCCGCCGUGGAGAAGGUCUGUCUGUCUGUCAGUGUCAUCAUCACCGACACCACUGGAUUGAACAGUGAAGACAGGUGUUCGUUCCUCUCCUCUUCAGUUCUCCGACCCCUUCAGAUCCACCGCAUUAUUGGCCAUAAGUGA